AUGCCUCCAGCAGGGGCGACUGCCUGGAGGCCACUGCGCGGCUGGAGGCGAGCAAGCGGCAGCACGCCCAGCAGGUGGCGUCGCUGGAGGCGCGUGCGGAGGCCCUGGAGGCGGAGGCUGCAGCGGCGGAGCGGCGGGCCGAGGCGGCCGAGAGGCGGGCGCAGGCAGCGGAAGCCGCGCUGGUGUCCCGCGGCAGCGGUCCGCCAGAGGUGGCGUCGGGCGCCUGCCGCCAGGACGGUGCGGCGCCCUGGGCGCCAGCUGCAGGCCCGGGCAGGCCCAGCGAGGCGGCGGUCGCCGUCGACGCGGCAGGCCCAGAAGCGCUGGUUGCGCAGGUGCGGCUCCGGCGGCUGGUGGACCUGCCGCGAGAGGAGUUGGAGCUGCGCGCUGGGGAGGGCGUCGCAGAGGGGGUGGCGCAGAUCCGCAGGAGCCUCUGCGCAGCCGCGGAGCCGCCUCGCAGAAGACCUGUACGGGGCGGAGUGCCACUUCCUGUACGAGCUGCUCCAGAACGCCGAGGACGCUCACCGCCGUGCGGCGGCGCCGGGCGGCGCAGGCGGUACGCUCCACCUGUCCCUCGGGAGCGGGGCGGGCGACUUCCCCGCGUACCUGCUCAGCGACAACGACGAGGAGGGUCUGACGCCGCGGGACGUGGAGGCCAUGUGCGACAUCUCGGCCUCGUCUAAGAAGGGGCAGCAGGGACGCGGCGAGGCCGUGGGCCACAAGGGCAUCGGGUUCAAGUCCGUCUUCGCCGUGAGCGACUGCCCGUACGUGCUGUCGAGGGGCUUCACCUUCAAGUUCGACGUGGCGGGCCCCCUGGGCAAGCUCGGCUACAUCACGCCGACGUGGGUACACCAGGAGGAGCUGGCCUCGCUGCCGCUGGAGGCCCGCGUGGCCUGGCAAGCCGGCCGGACCGUGGUGCUCCUGCCGCUGCGGCGUCCUGCCCUGGGCGCGGCCAUCGCGCGGGAGAUGGAGGAGCUGUGGGGCCCGUCGCGGGCCCUGGCGCUCUUCCUGCGUGGCCUGCGGCGCAUCGAGCUCUCGGCCGGUCCCGGCGCGCGGCGGCGCCUGUCGGCGCGGCGUGCUGGCGCGGCGGCGUGCGUGGUCGUCGAGGACCUGGAGGGAGUUGCCAGCACCGAGGAGCACAGGUACAUCAUACACGAGCAGGCCGUGCCCCUGCUCGGAGCCGCCGGGACCCCGGGCGAGGUGGUGCUGGCGUUCCCGGUGCCGACGCAGGCACAGGCGGCGUGCACGACGCCUCCGGCAGAGGGCGGCGACGUGCAUACUCCGAGGUGUGUCGGCUUUGGUUUCGCCGUGCACUGCGGCCACCUUGACCUGGUGGCCAGCAGGGACGACCUGCACCGCGGCAGCCGCGCGAACGUCGCGGUCCGCGACGCCCUGCCCAGCGCGUUCGAGGCCGCGUGCGCCUCGCACGCGGAGGUGGCCGCCAGAGCCCUCGCGUUCGUGGGGCCCCCCCCGCUGGAUCCGUUCUGGCGCCCGACGCGUGAGGCGAUCCUGCAGCAGCUGCAGAACGUCGCCUGCGUCCCCACGGCCGUCGGCGCGCGGCGCCCCAGCGAGGUGCUGUUGCCUGGGGCGGGGCCGUGUCGGCGCGCGGCGGCGCUGCUGCCGCCCGAGCUGCUGCUGGAGGCGUGCGGCCGGGCCGCCGUGUGCGAGGAGCCCGACCCAACGCGGGCGCGGCUGCUCAGGCGCCUCGGCGCCGCGGAUUUCGCCGCUGAACACCUGGUGCGGUGCCUCGGGCACCGCGGCGAGCGGUGGCCAGCCGGCUGGGUGGCCCACGUGUGGGCUGCGGGGCCAGCCCCGGCCGCGGCUGCCGUGCUGUCGGUCGUCUACGAUUGCCUGGCUGCCGCUUUCGCAGGAGAGCCGCGGCCGGAGCCUGGCGACGUAGUGGAGGAGGCGCUGCGGCUGCCGCAGCUGCCCAUCUUCCCGCUGAUGGGCGGCGCCGCCUGCGGCUGCACCUCUCACGGGCCGAUCUUCGCGAGCUUGUGCCAG